AUGCUGAUCACGCUCUGCUACUUGUAUCUUUGGGCGCGCUGGCGGGCCUAUUCUGCUGGGCUCAUCCGCCGCACAGUGCGCCGGCUGCACCGAACCCGCUGUUCUUUCACCUUCUCCUGCUGCUCCGGCCCCCGGUGCCCUCGCCAAGCACCGCACCAGCCCCUCCACCUUCCGCUUCGCAGGCAGGAGGCUCCCCACCCCUCGGAAGAGAGCAUCUGUCUCAGGGUGGGGGACAAGGUUUUCUGCACUGACGAGACUCAGGCUCUUGAUGAUUUAAGCAAGUGGACGUUGCUUAUUGUAUCACCUUCUAGUUAUUCAAACAAAUUAUUUGAAGCAGAACAUAUCACAUUUGUGACUGAAAGUAUUUCCAUUCAAGCAAGUAAUUUGCAGGCUGUAACUUGCUCAACAGAAAAGAUUGUGAAGUGGUCAGAUUAUUGUUCCCCUUUGGCCUUUAAACCCGGAGAACCCUUCAUAUUAUUUGCUGAAGCCAGCAUAGAUAACUUCAGUAGUCUUGGGAUAGCAUUCAUGGAAGACAGACUCCAAAUGGAUAAUGGAAUGGUGCCUAAUAAAAUUGUGUCUGUUCACUUACAGGAGUCUGCACUGGAGGAUUUAAAACUGGCACAAAGUACCAAAAAGGUGGAGAAGUCUAAGCCUCUUGAAAUGAGUCAGGAUUCUUCUUUUGAGACUGCCACUAAACUAGAAAUGAAAUCUGUUGAUUGCAUAGGAGGUGGUGAUCAAGAAGUUCAGAGAGAGAACUGCAAACUGCAGAAAGGAGGUGAACAUAAUGAACAGCCACAGCCUACAUCUGAAAAGGGAAUGGAUAUUGGUGAGCAUCAUCACCUGCAUCUUUCUAGCUGCAAUGAGUGCUUGGAACUUGAGAAUAGCACAAUUGAGUCAGUUAAGUUUGCCUCUGCUGAAAAUAUUCCAGAUCUUCCUGAUGAUUAUAAUGGCAGUCUAGAAGAUGUUAGCGAUGACUAUCUGGCAAAAGACCUGAAAAGUGUAAACCUUGCUGGGACAUCAACUAAUAUCUUAAUUUAUCUUGGUUCUGACCCUGGAAAAGUCAAAUUUGAAGAAAUAAAAUCAGUCAUCACUGAAUGUGUUGAUAUUAAUGCCUACACUGUUUACCAACUGUUAGAGGAACAAGUUCUCAGUGUUCCCUGGAUUGAUAACACAUUGCUGUUGAUUAUCGCUGCACCAGAGCCCAUUUCAGAUGUUGUGUCCAAACAAUUUCAAGCUUUCAUGUUAAAAGGUGGAAAAAUUUUGGGACUUUCUACCUCUUUCACUUUUGGUGGUAUACAAGUAAAGAGUAAAAAUGAACUGAUGGGUAUAGUGCAGGCCUUCGUGUUUUCUAAAGCUAAGAAUCAUGAGAUUAAUUUAAAUGUAUUAGCCAGUGGGAACGUUUUUGAGAGAGAGAUUGGAGAAGAAUUCAGCCCUGUGAAGCCACUUGGUUACUUGGAUAGUACAGAUAAAGAUAUGAUGAUUGUCCACUUACCGUAUGGAAAUAGUGGAGGUGAAGCCAUUCUUUGUCAGGCACAUCUGGAGGUGAAUGUCAAAAAUAUGCUUUGUCAAGAAGAUGAUUUCAAUUCACUCAAAAUAAGCAAUGCCAAAAGAUACGAAGUUCUUACUGAAAUUCUGACACUGCUUGGUCUGAGAUGUGAAUUAAGUAAGCUUCCCUCAUUGACUCCCCUUUACCUGCUCUCUUCUGAUAAGGAAGUCAAAUGUUCUUUUCUGGAGUGGCUUGGAAGAAGUGUGAAUGCUGAAGGAUUAAUCACAUCUAGCAAGGUCUCCCUUAAGUUUGUAUCAUCAUGCAGUGCAGAGCUAGAAGUAACAUCUUCAGUCAUGCCGGUCAUCACUGGAAAAGAGGCUUUCUCAUCUGAUCAUUUCAGCCUUGAGAGAUAUAAACAGAAUCUAAACACACAGGACCUUGGGAAAGUAGUUCUGUUUGCUGAAGUUACAUCAACCACAAUGAAUCUUCUUGAUGGGUUGAUGUUCAAGGUGCCACAGGAAAUAGGUCUAAUAGCGAUUGCAAUUCAACAAACUCAAGGGAAAGGUCGUGGCAGGAACACCUGGCUGAGUCCUGUAGGAGCUGCAUUAUCAACUUUACAUAUCACCAUUUCUUCAUCUUCCCAGUUAGGACAAAGGAUUCCUUUUAUUCAGCAUCUGGUUUCUCUGGCAGUGGUGGAGUCUGUCAGAUCAAUACCUGGAUAUCAGGAUAUUGACCUCCGGGUGAAAUGGCCAAAUGAUAUUUACUAUAGUGACCUUAUGAAGCUUGGUGGGGUUUUAGUAAAUUCCACAUUAACAGGAGAUACAUUCCACAUACUUAUUGGCUGUGGAUUUAAUGUAAAUAACAGCAAUCCUACUAUAUGCAUCAAUGAUCUCAUUAUGGAGCACAAUAAGAUAAAUAAUACAAACUUGAAGCCUUUAAGUGCCGACUCCCUGAUUGCAAGAAGUGUGACUGUGCUGGAAAAACUGAUCAACACCUUUCAAGAGCAAGGGCCUAAUGGAGUUCUUCCCCUGUACUAUAAGUACUGGGUGCACAGUGGUAAGCAAAUCCGCCUUGGAAGUGAUGAUGGGCCGGUAGCCUGGAUCGUUGGAAUAGAUGAUUGUGGAUUCCUUCAAGUUCAUGAGGAAGGCAAAGGCAUAGUGACGGUGCACCCUGAUGGCAAUUCUUUUGAUAUGUUAAGAAACCUUAUAAUUCCAAAGCAGCAGUAAUUUUGGGAUGAGGUGAAACACCUACUCUUUAAGAAGACAUUUUUGUGUUCAACACUACUGGCUUAUGCUUGCCUGGAGUCAGUAUAUCAAACCGAAAUUACCUGAGGCUGAAGAAUUCAAACACUGUGUACCAAGCAAAAAAAUAAUAAUUUUGCAUCAUUUAAUUUCCUAGGAACUCACUUCAAUGACCCUUGAUUUGGGGGGCUUUUUGUUUUUGUUUUUCUUUCUAGUCUACAUAUAGAUAUAAGAGGAACCUUAUGGUCAGCAUGAAAGCUUUAAUUUCUAAUGUUUGACAUGAAUCAAUUAACUGAAAUUUGUUAUAGGGAACUUUGUGUAAUCUUGUUCUUGUAGAUCUUAGUACUUCCAUUUAUAGUCUAUAUUCUAAAUCUAAUACUUAUACUGCUUUCUUUUGUAUGCAUCCAUAGGAGGGAAUGAAUACAUUUUGUGAAAUAGUAUUUAGGAUAUUAAAAUGAUAGAAUGUAAUAGUUUAACAGUAGCUCGGUCUGUGGAAAAAUUAUUAUUAUUUACAUUUUAUAUCCCGCUCUUCCUCCAAGGAGCCCAGAGCGGUGUACUACAUACUUAAGUUUCUCCUCACAACAACCCUGUGAAGUAGGUUAGGCUGAGAGAGAAGUGACUGGCCCAGAGUCACCCAGCAAGUAUUAUGGCUGAAUGGGGAUUUGAACUCGGUUCUCCCUGGUCCUAGUCCAGCACUCUAACCACUACACCACACUAUCUCUGGUGUAAAAUGGCUAAAUGCUAAGUAAAGUUUAGUUAUACUUUUUGAAAAUUAGUUGUAAGUCAUAACGUACAAUUAUUAAUGGGAUUAAUUCUCUUCCCCACCCCCAACACACACACACCCACACACACCCCUACUCCCUCUUCCUCACACAACAGCUGAUCAAGAAUACUUUCAGCUUUUUAGAAAGGGCUCUGCAUAUUCUGAGUUGGUUUGGAGCCUCAGUCUUUACAAAAGCUUAGUAUGUACAAAGGUCAAAAUUUUCCCAACUGAUCACCUCCCCACCACCAUCCAACACUUGCUCAUUCUGUGCAACAUUGUUUGAGCAAAAACAGAGUAGUGUGCCUGCAGAAACCGUGUCUUGGAACUCAACCAGCAUGUUGCUAAGCAGACAAAUGCACAUGGAGUGGGAGGGGGAGCAAUUUUCACUGCCCUCUCCUCCCUCCAAAAGGACAUUUUGGCUUCUAAAAUAUGUCUCUGAGGGUUACACAUAAAUAUUUUGGUAUUAUGAGAUGAUUCCUUUAAGACUCUAUAGCCUUCUACUUAUUUAGAAGUAGAUCUGAGUUUAACUGUACCAUUUGGUAGCUUCCUUUUGCUGGAGCAUUUCAUAAAUAGCAGUGCCUACAAAAAGGAUUUAUCUGUAUAUAAAUCUAUAACAUCCUCCUCCCUUAAUGUGUGGCAGAACCCAACCGCAGUGUUAUUUGCUGGGUCAUACCUUGUGCAUUAAACUCCGUGCUCUUUCAUCUUGUAGCUUUUAGAGAUCUUGCUUUUGCAUGUGUAUCAUUUUUCCUUGUUGGAUACACAGCUGAGUCCUCUGACCCUGACAAUUUCAUAAUAAAAUACCAAAAACAAGUAGACAUGUGAUAUGUUCAGCGUCUUGCUGUGCUUUCCUAAGCUCCUGAAUGCAGGAAUAUGCUUCUGGGCUUUGUUGCUGAGGCCUGCAGGAUUCAAGCUUGUAGCAUGGUCACUUAGAUAGUAGUCUGAAACCAAUUCCUACACAUAAGGCCAAGGAACUGUAGGUAACCUGACCUAAUGAGAACUGCCAUUGGUUCUAAUGGACUCCUUAAUGUUCAGUUAAGAAAGUGACCCCAAGUGCAUGCCUGUCUUACAGACAGAAGAAGCAGGGUUUUUAUAGGUUAAAGUUCACUUCAUAAAAUAUUAGAAAAUGUAACUCUAUUGGCUCAAAUACCAAAUCCAAGAAGCCUUAAAGAAAGCAAAGAAGUUGUCCUGUAAUGGUGGAUUAGAGUAAUCCCUGCAUAUUGGAAGCUGGAUAGCUUGACUAUAAAUUACUGGAGAUUAAGCUGUUCUUUAAUUGAAAGUGAGGAUUUUGACCCCUGUUCUAUAUUGUUUUACACUGUAACAUCCAUAAUUGUUUAUAUAGUGCAAUAUUGUUUAACAAACAAAAAAGUGAAACAAUUAUGCUAGACUCUCUGGGACUCUAAAUUCACAGCUUUUCUAUUUAUAUAAUAUGUAUUAUUGCAUAUUAUAUAUUGAUUUCAUAACUCAGGUGUUCUUUAAACAUGAACUGGUAUAAUGAAAUAGAUGGAAAUUUCAGCAAUGUAUUUGAGAGGUCCUUUUGUAUUCCGGGCAGGCUUCUUACCCAGAUGUUUUACCUCCACGCUUUUUAAUGCUGACGUGUGCUGUUAGCUGCAGAAUUAUGAAUAAAGGCAAGGCUGUGCCACUCAUGAGGAAUAGCAUGCCUGUGCUUUUAUGACUUUCCCCCCUCAGGAGGUACUCAAGAUAAAUACAUAGGGAAAUGCCUUGCUAAUAAUCUUCUAGUGGUUAAAUAUAUAGAAGGACAAGUCUUACUACGUAAGAAUCAGCAUGGCUUCUGAAAAUGGAUACUUUGCCACAGUUAGCUUUUAGGACUCUUAGGAUGUAUUAAAGUUCCUCAUCAGAGGCCCCCUAGAAAAUUUAUUCAUCAUAAAAUGAGGAUAUGUCCCCUUAUGGAUCAUUAACUUCUUAAAAAUCAGGAACUUAUUAAAAAUCAGGAAGCAGAAUAAAUACACAGUUUUAGUAACUGAAUAUAUGCUUUGGCUUGUUUUAUGAAUGAUAACCAAGCUUGUGGAUUAUUCAGAAUGGUAACUAGCUAUAAAGAGAUUCCAAGUAGGCAGUAAAGAGCUCCAAAAGAAAAUUUUCAAAAUCGUUGAGUGAACAACAGAAUAGCAGAUGAAAUUCAGUACAAGUCUAAGUACAAAGUGUUGUACCUUUUGGGGGUAAAUCCUAACUACAUAUAUGCUGACAGGUAUAUUAGGGAUAUAACAUAAUUAAAGAAUUUUGGUUGAUUAAAUCUUAGUCAAAUAAGAGAUUAAAUCUUGAUAUAUUUGCAAAUGCAUAAAUAAUAGUUUGAAUAAUGGAAGGAAACAACUUUCUUUUCUUUUGCACACGUGUUGCAGCAGGCACUAUUAAGAGAUGUUCUGUGUAGGAGAGAAGGGGAAUGAUUUUGCUAAUGUGAUGCCUACUGCUUAGGUGUUUUAUAAUAGUUUGUAUCAAAACAAUUUUUUAAAGAAAUUAGUGCUGUGUGUCUUAACUUGGGGCACCUCUAAUCAUUCAAAAGGUUUGAAUGCCAACUUCUUAUGUAGGGAGAAUGACAAAAAUCCAAUUUAUCAUUAGGGAAAAAUCUGAAAAAAUAUGUGAUAUAAAUCUAUGGUGAAUCCAUAUAUAGACAACUGUGUUUAGUUCUGAUCAUUUCAUCUCAAAAAAAUAUCAGAGAGCUUGAGAAGGAACAGAAAAGGGCUAUUAAAAUGAUUGGGAUUGAAGCAUUGUCCCUGUGAAGAAAUCCUAAGAAGUUUGGAACUUUCAAAUUUAGAAAAGGAAAUGGGGACUAAAGAACACACUUCACCCUGGCAUAUAGGCUGUAUGCAUAAUGGGGGCACAGGAGCAGUUCUGAUUCCAUAGCGCAGGGAUCCACUUCUCCAUGUUAGAGCACAUACUUUGUAUGUAGAAAGUCUCAUGUUCAAUUACCAGUUAAAAAAACAACAACAUACACACAACCUCUGGUAGAGGAACUGGGAAAGACCUCUGCUUGAGAACUUGGAGAGUAAACUAGUGGUCUCACCAAAUAUAAGGCAACUUCAUAUGUUCACACAAAAUCUCAACAAGUAAAACAUUUUCGCACUCAUGAGUGUAAGCUCUUGCAUGAAUAUGCUCUGCCCUCAUGAGUCAUCUGCUGCAAAAAAAGGAUGAAUGGAUUGUGUGGGUAGGUGUACUUCUGUAUAUAGUGAUGUGCAUAAGGGUGUAUUCAACACAAAACUUAUUAAGCUGCCUUACAUUUAGUCUGACCAUUCUGUAUUCUGUGCACUGAUUGUCAGCAGCUCCUCAGGGUUUCAGACACAGGAGAGAAUCCAUGAAAUUUAAUUUAGCUGAAAUAUCUGUAGGUUCUCUACUCUUUUUGUCUAAUUAAUUGCUGCACAGUGAACAGUGAAUCCGUGAUAUUUGAGUGCUUAACCUAAGUCAAAAUAUGGGGUAAGAUUCAGCACUUAAGGCCGUGAAAACGGCUGGGGCACUUAAAGAGUGUUCCAACCAAUCAUGCCAACUCUUUAACCCUCCUUGUGUGCCAAAUGGGAAGCAGGGAGACUUUAAGCAGCAGCCAUUCAAGAAGCAGCAAGGCCGCAAGGAAGGCACCUGGUCACUCUUGCUCCGCUUUAAGCUUCCCAGCAUGCCGGCUGAGCAGUGGAAAGAGUGACCAUUUAAUGGCCACUCUCCCUGGUUCCCAACUGGUAUGAGCGAACGGGUGGAAAUUCAGUUAUUGAGGGGGAUAGAAAACCGCUAAUAAGCUGAACUUGUUACCCCCACAAUAACUGAAUUAGUAUGCAGGAUGGGGGCCCACAAAUAAAUGAAUCUGUGAAAGGAGACCCCAUGGGAAAUGAGGGUCUCCCUAUUCUAAUGAUGUUAAUCACUAUGGUUUGGCAUCAAAACCUAUUUGGACAAGGUUAUACAUGUUGUGAAGACUCAGCUCCAAGUAUUUCUGUAGGAACUGAUUAUUUGGAUCCAACCAUUCCUAUAUGGCUUCCAUCCUAGUUGUGGGACUGAGACCAGCUUGGUUGCCCUGCUGAAUGGUUUUGGAUGGGGCCAAUGUGACCCUGUAUAGUCUGGGUACUGCAGUAUGUUUAAAACUGCCUUCUCCCACGUGAACUUGUCCAAGUAGUAAAGUUAGCAUCAGACACCCUGCUCUGUGCCUUCUCAUCAUUAGAUGGACAGGCAUGACUUCUUCUGUAGGGGCACCUAAGCUUUAGGACACCCUCCUGGGGAAGGUCUGCCUCGCUCCAUCCUUGUUUAUUUUUCACAUAGCAGUUAAGACUAUUUGUUUUAACAGGCAUUUGCUUGUUGACUGAAUAGAACUUGCUCUAUUGAAGCGGAGCCCAGCAGAGGAGAGGGAGAAGUCCAUCUGCUUCCCACCCAGUGCUGCCUGGGUUGAGAGACCAGGUGGGUCCUGGGGGCUCCUUCUGCUGUUGCCUGCCUGCUCCUGCGUCCCCUGUGGGGUUGCUGCCUCUAGGUAACAUCUGUGGGGAGUGUGUGCAGGACUGAGACCAGCCCCUAAGUGACUCUGCUGUGCCUCGGGUCAUCUGCUCAGCCUUGGGCUUUAUAGGAACGCUGCUUGUGGCAGUGGAGUCGCCACCAAAGGGGGUCACCCCUUUGGGGGAGAACGAGGGUGAGGGCUAGAGGGCUUCUGUUUAAUCAGUUUUUAGCUGUUUGGGAAUUGGGUUGAAGUUGCUGCAAUGUGUUUGGGUUCGUCUGGAGAUGGGGAGACAGGAGUCGCCUUCGUUGACUAUGGGGCAGCUAUCCCAGUGGUGGUGGGGCAUAGAAGAAGAAAUUUUGGCAGGUCAGCAGGCCGUUCCAGGGGAAGGGUAGUAAGAAAUUUAUUAGCUUUCUCCCCUUCUGGCUGUCCUGCCAGCUCUUUGAUCUCGGGGAGCACUGCUACCAACCCACAUAGCCUUACCUUGCUUCUCUACAAUGCCAGGUCGGUCCAAAAUAAGCCUGAACUCAUCCAUGAUUUGAUCAUGGAUGAAGGGGCUGACCUGGCAUGUAUUACCGAGAUUUGGUUGGGGAGGCUAGUGGUCCAGUCUGUUUCCAACUUCUUCCUCCAGAAUAUUCUUCAGAGGAGCAGGUGAGGGGACGUGGGCAGGGAGAUGGAGUGGCUGUGGUCUAUAAGGAUAACAUCUCCCUCACCAGGGUCCCUGUUAGGGUAUCAGACCAUAUUGAAUGUGUCUACUUAAGUUUGGGGACCAGGGAUAGAUUGGGACUUCUUUUGGUGUACCGAUCGCCCCACUGCCCAACGGAAUCACUUACUGAGCUCACGGAGUUGAUUGCGGAACUAGCGUUUGAGUCUCCCAGACUUUUGGUGCUGGGGGAUUUCAAUGUCCAUUUCAGUACCAAUUUGUCCAGGGCAGCUCAGAAGUUCAUAGCGGCCAUGACAACUAUAGGCCUAUCCCAAGCGGUCUCUGGACCGACGCAUAUUGCAGGUCACACGCUUGAUUUGGUCGUCUACUCUGAUCAAGGUGGUGUUCUGUGGGUGGGGACUCCUGUGAUCUCCCCACAUGGACAGACCAUCAUCUGGUUAAGGUUGGACAUACAACCACUUCCCACCUCCAUAGGGGUGAGGGGCCUAUUAGAAUGGUCCGCCUGAAGAGGUUAUUGGAUUCUUUAGGAUUCCAACAAGCCUUGGAGGGAUUCAAUGUUGGCUUUGCCGGGGAUCGCGUUGAUGCUCUGGUUGAGAAUUGGAACAACUUGCUCACCAGAGUAGUAGACUCGAUUGCUCCCAAGUGUCCCUUCUGACCCACUUCAAAAUUGGCCCCUGGUAUACGGGGGCUGAAGCAGCAAGGUAGGCAACUGGAGUGCAAGUGGAGAAAGACUCGGCUCAAAUCCUACAGAUUACAACAUAGAGCACAUUUAAAGAUCUAUGCCCAGGGAAUAUGUGCGGCAAAGAAUCAGUUCUUUUCUGCCUGUAUUGCCUUUGCGAGUUCACACUCAGCAGAGUUGUUCAGGGUUGUGAGGGGACUAGUAUCCGCCCCGCCCCCUUUGAACCAGAAUUUGGAGUCAUCAGUUACCGCUGUGAUGUGUUUAAAGAGUUUGUUGCAGAUAAAACCUCUCGGAUUUGGGCCGACCUAGAUGGAGACUCCAAUUAAUUUGAUGUCUGAACUGGAGGUGUCCAACAACUCCUCUUAUGCGAUUCAUCUGGAUCAGUUUCAGUUUGUGACUCCUGAGGAUGUAGAGAAGCUGCUUGGAGCGGUGAGGCCUACCACUUGUUCUCUUGACCCUUGUCCAACAUGGCUUGUUCUAUCUAACAUGGAGGCUCUUGGAGGCCUGGUAGAGAUCAUAAAUUUUUCUCUGAGGGAGGGCAGGAUGUCUCCUUGUCUAAAGGAGGCAAUCAUUAGACCUCUUCUAAAGAAGCCUGCAUUAGAUCCCUCAGAGUUGAGCAAUUAUAGGCCUGUUUCCAACCUCUCAUGGCUGGGCAAGGUAAUUGAGAGGGUGGUGGCCUCUCAGCUCCAGGUGGUCUAGGAAGAAACUGAUUAUCUAGACCCACUUCAAACUGGCUUUCAGGCGGGCUAUAGGGUGGAGACCUCCUUGGUUGGCUUGAUGGAUGAUCUCCAAUUGGGAAUUGGCAGAGGAAGUGUGACUCUGUGGGUCCUUUUGGAUCUCUCAGCGGCUUUUAAUACUAUCAACCAUAGUAUCCUUCUGGAACAUCUGAGAGUGUUGCAGGUGGGAGGCACUGUUUUACAGUGGUUCCACUCCUACCUCUUGGACAGAUUCCAGAUGGUGUCGAUUGGAGACUGUUGCUCUUUGAGAUAUGAGCUUAAGUAUGGUGUCCCUCAAGGCUCCAUACUUUCCCCAAUGCUUUUUAACAUCUACAUGAAACCGCUGGGAGAGAUCAUCAGGAGAUUUGGUGCAGAUGACACUCAGAUCUACUUCUCCGUGUCAACUUCUUCAGGAGCUGGCAUAUUCUUCCUAAAUGCCUGCCUGGAAGCAGUAAUGGACUGGAUGAGGGAGAAUAAACUGAGGCUGAAUCCAGAUAAGAUGGAGGUACUUAUUGUGCGGGGUCAGAACUCCAGAGAUGAUCUUGAUCUACCUGUUCUAGAUGGGGUCACACUUCCCCAAAAGGAACAGGUUUGCAGUCUGGGAGUACUUCUGGAUCCACACCUCUCCUUGGUUUCUCAGGUUGAGGUGGUAGCCAGGGGUGCUUUCUAUCAGCUUCGGCUGAUAUGCCAGCUGCACCCAUUUCUUGAGAUCUGUGACCUCAAAACAGUGGUACAUCUGUUGGUAACCUCUAGACUUGACUUUUGUAAUGCGCUCUAUGUGGGGCUGCCUUUGUACGUAGUCCAGAAAUUUCAGUUGGUUCAGAAUGCAACAGCCAGGUUGGUCUCUGGGUCAUCUCAGAGAGACCACAUUACUCCUUUGCUCAUGGAGCUUCACUGGCUGCCAAUUGGUUUCCAGGCAAAAUACAAAGUGCUAGUUAUAAAGCCCUAUAUGGCUUAGGCUCUGGAUAUUUAAGAGAGUGUCUUCUUCACUAUGAGCCAUACCGUCCAUUGAGGUCAUCUGAAGAGGUCCAUCUCCAGUUACCUCCAACUCGUCUGGUGGCUGCACAGAGACGGGCCUUCUCUGUUACUGCCCCGAGAUUAUGGAAUGCGCUCCCUGUUGACAUAUGAUCCUCCCCAUCUCUGGCAAUUUUUUAAAAAACAUCUGAAAACCCAUCUUUUCACCCAAGCUUUCCCAGCUUUUUAAAAUUGUCUGUUUUAAUUUUAUGGUUGAUUAAAUUGUUAAAUUGUUUUAACUUUCUAUCUGUGUUUUGUUUUAUGUUAACCACCCAGAGACGAAAGUUUGGGCAGUAUAGAAGUUUAAUAAAUAAAUAAAAUAUUAAUGUUUUUCUGAUCCUGCAUUUUUUGUAUAUGUUAGUUUCUAUGUUGUAAAAUGUUUCGUUUAUAGGUGUUGUAUGGUAUAUAGUAUUGUAAUCUGCUUUAAAUAGCUUGUAUAGAAUAAUGGGGUAGAAACUUUUCUAAAUCAAUAAAUAAACCAUGGAUUUUUCUUACCGGACUAACAAGAGUACAAAAUUUUGGUACAAUUAUGGGAAAAAACAUGGUUUAUUUUAUUUCAAGUUAUACUCUGGAAAAUUUUGCACUGGAAAUUUUCCUUCAUUUAAUUUCCUUUUUGUAAAUGAAAACUAAUGAAGUGUGGACAUAUUGAAGCAAAAGUAGAUUAAGUGGGAGUAUCACUUUUGUAUUUGCUUUUUUAAUGUCCUGUUCUUGUGCAUACAAGAUGACAUAUUGUCUUGAAGGAGAAAGGAACAUCAACAUUGAUUUACAAACUGUCAUAAGCCUGACUUUUUAAAAAAUGCUUCAGAUGUACUAAAAAAGAAUUCCUAUUUUAUACAGAACAGCUGUAUAAGGUCUUUCUGGCUAGCAGCUGUAGCAUUGGGAAAGUCUGUGGGCCUUCCUUUAGGACACUCAACUAAAGGUGUAUAUAGAGAGUUCUGUACAGCUGGUAAUCACAUUGUUUUCUGCAUAAAACUUGGCAACUGCUCACAAUUUCUGUACAAAAACGAUUUUAUAACGGUCUUUGUGAGAGACUAAUAUACAAAAUGUGUCUGGACAAAGUCUGAAGGAGCCAGCCAGGCAGCCUGAAAUCCAGAAGUAGCCCACUGAAAAUGUGUAAUGCUAUUAAAAUGUCCAGGUUAGUAAAACACCUUUUCUGCUGUGUGGCUGAUGUCGCCUUUCAGACUGUUUGCUUGAUGAAGUGGUUUUGAAAAUAUUUCAUUAUAGUGCCUAUAUUUUUUUGCAAUAUGAGUUUUUCUUCUGGACUAAGUUAUAGAACUCCUCAUUACAUAUUAAGAAAAUAAAUGAAGAGAUUAUUUAUUGACAGCAACAUUUCUUCAGCAACUCUAGUGUGUUGGUAUGUGGAUUUGAAGAGAAUGAGAAGAAGAAUUGUGUCCAGGCAGAACUGAUUACCUUCCCAGAGUUAUAAAAUUUCCAUCAAGUACUCAGGAUUAAGAAUAAACUUGUAUUCGUAGUGUAUAA